GCCGCACUUUACGACCUCGCCGCACUUUACGGCAUCGCCGCAAAGCGGGGACGGAAGCGGCUAGCGGGAGGUUGCCGGGGAGCUCGGGCCGCCAUGGACCGGAGGAAGAAGCCGCUGGACGUGGCCGCCUCCUCCUUGGUAGAUCUCAAAGCAGAGCUCUUCCGCAAACAAGAAGAAUUCAAGAAAGAAAAGCUACUGAAAGAUGCAGGCAUCUUUGCAAAGCCCAAACCCUCCAACAAGAAACCAAGCAUCUGGACUAAACAAAACACAGGAGUUGCAAAACGAGCUGAGAAAGACAUUGAGCAGAAGGCAGAAGAGGAUCAAACCUUAGAUCAAUCAAGGAAGAAACUUGAAGAGAAAGCGAAGCUGUACGAGAAGAUGACAAAAGGCGAUUUCCCAGAUGAAGAAACUGAAGAUUUGUACCUGGUGGAUUUCACUCAGAAGAUCAUAGACAAACAGCGAGAAGUACAGGAACUGUAUCAGAACGAAGCUGCUAGACAGACUUUAGAAAAAGAGACAGAUGAUGAGGAAAUUGAACCAGAAAUGGAAAUACCACCGCCAGAGGACCCAGAUGAAGAAUGGGUUGAUUAUGUUGAUUCCUUGGGCCGAUCCAGACGCUGUAUGAAGAAGGACUUGCCAAGUAUACUUAAAAUGGAUCAGGAACUUCAAGGGAAAAGACUGGACCCUGAUGGGAACACGCUGUUAUCUGAAGAUAUGAAAAGAGAACUUCAGAGGCAGCAGUGGGAAAAAGAAGAAGAAGAAGCCCUCCGAAAACCCAUGGGGCCCAUUCAUUAUGAGGACAUUCGAGAAAACGAGGCCAGACAGCUUGGUGUUGGUUACUUUGCCUUUUCUCGUGACCAGGAUCUUAGGCAUAAACAACGGGCGACCCUGGAUAUGCUAAGAGAGCAGACACUGGAUCAAAGAACUAAACGAGAACAGUUAAAAGAAAAAAGGAAGGCAGCUCUAGAAUCAAGGCUGUCUAAACUUCGAGCACGGAAGGUGAAGAAGUUAAGGGAAGAAGGAUUAGAAGAAGAGGCAGAAAAACUGGAGAAUGGAGUAGAGGUGAAAGACACCACCAGCCCAGUACAAGCUGAGCCUGAAGUUCCAAGACCAAGCAGAAAGGUAGAGGUUGUCAUCCAGGAGAGAAGAGAUACGAAGCCUGGUGUGCCUUAUGUCCGUGAGUGGGAUAAAGGCAAAGAGUUGAUGUUUGGACAAUGGUCGAAGAAGCAGGAAGAACUUAGAGAUGAGCGAGAUCCUGAAUUUGCACCACCUUCUGAUUACUUUAUGGGACAAAAGAAGGACGAUAGUUACAGCAGCCAGAAUUUGAACAGUCCUGAGACCUCUCCUGGAAAAACAGAACCAGAAAUAUCAGAGGACCAAAAGAAGAUAUCAGUGCAGCCCAGUACCCACAGAGCUGAAGUCGUGCCGCCAUCUGUACAAGCGUACAGCAACAGUGUUCAAGGUGGGCCAGCACCAGCUGAGGCCACUGGCAGUGAUGCUGAAGAUGGAUCAACAUCGGCGGAGACUGACAGCAGUGACGAGCAGGAUGGGCUGCCGUCAGCACACCCCUACAUCUGUGGUGCUCAGAACAUGCUGCCAUCAAUGCCAGCUUAUGGCUACGGUGCUCAUCAUGUGCUGCCACCAAUGCAGCCUUAUGGCUACGGCGCUCCGCAUAUGAUGCCACCAAUGCAGCCUUACAGCUAUGGCACUCCACAUAUGAUGCCACCAAUGCAGCCUUAUGGCUACGGCACUCCAAAUGUGCCAUUUUCAAUGCACGCUUACGGCUACGGAACCCAGGAUGCAGCACAACCAGUGCAGGCCUGUGGCUGCAGCACUCAGGAUGCAGCACAACCAGUGCAGGCCUGUGGCUGCAGCACUCAGGAUGCAGCACAACCAGUGCAGGCCUGUGGUUGCAGCACUCAGGAUGCAGCUCAACCAGUGCAGGCCUGUGACUGCAGCGCCCAGGAUGCACCUCCUCCAGGGCAGACAUACAGUGGUGACAAGCAAAAUCAGGAGCCACUUUACCAAAGUUUAGAUGAUAUGCUGUCUUAUUACAGACAAGUGACUUGAACUGAGUAAAACAAUAAACAAGAACUGUGAUUUAAA